AUUGACGUUGACGUAGAGAGCCUUGUUCAGAGGUGUUCUGUGCUUGUUAUUGUGACUGUGACAUAUUUUUUCGUCAGUUCGGUAACAUACAUACUUAUUGGAGUUUUUCCUCCAUUCCCUCGAAUUAAGGAAGGGAAAAUAUAGUGACCCUCAAAACAAACAAAGCAGUGACCAAACAGUGAUUCAACUACGCAUGAUAAAAACAUUGCAAAAUGACCAUGCCUACGACGACUUUCACUUGUGCUAUGGCUAAUUUUAAAUCGCUUUAAAGAUUGGUCACGUUAUGGCGACCAGUAGGGGCGACAUUCUCAAAACAUCAAUGGAUCCAUUGCCCAGCAGCAACGACCCCUUAAGGGAGCUGUUUGAGGCCUGCAAGGUGGGCGAUAUUGCUCGAGUGAGGAAAUUGGUCACUCCCACUACAGUGAAUGCGAGGGACACUGCCGGACGAAAGUCCACACCCCUACACUUUGCUGCUGGCUAUGGAAGAAGGGACGUUGUAGAGUUCCUUCUAUCUGCAGGCGCGUCGAUCCAAGCGCGAGAUGAUGGAGGACUGCAUCCCCUGCACAAUGCCUGCUCUUUUGGCCAUGCCGACGUCGUGAGGCUCCUUUUGGAAGCAGGCGCCAGUCCCAACACCAGAGACAAUUGGAAUUACACCCCAUUGCACGAGGCUGGAAUAAAAGGGAAAAUUGAUGUUUGCAUCGCCCUUUUGCAACAUGGGGCAGACGUAAAUAUCCGCAACACUGAAGGAAAAACCCCGCUCGAAGUAGCUGAUCCAGCCACCAGGCCAGUUUUAACGGGUGAAUAUCGCAAGGAUGAAUUGCUGGAAGCUGCCCGAUCAGGAGCCGAAGACCGGCUUUUGGCUCUUUUAAACCCUCUCAACGUGAACUGCCAUGCUAGUGAUGGUCGACGCUCCACGCCGCUUCAUCUAGCUGCUGGCUACAAUCGAGGAAGAGUGGUGCAGUUGCUUUUACAGAACGGCGCUGAUGUGCAUGCAAAGGACAAAGGCGGAUUGGUUCCUCUUCACAACGCCUGUUCGUACGGGCACUUUGAAGUCACGGAAAUGUUGAUUAAACAUGGGGCUAAUGUGAACGCUAACGACCUAUGGGCGUUCACGCCACUUCAUGAGGCUGCUUCCAAGUCGAGAGUCGAAGUCUGCUCGUUACUGUUAAGUGAAGGAGCUGACCCGUACCAGUUAAAUUGCCACUCAAAAUCCGCGAUUGAUGCAGCUCCAACUCGGGAAUUACAGGAGCGACUCGCUUAUGAAUACAAAGGACACUUGCUACUAGACGCUGCCAGGCAGGCCGAUAAUGCCAAGCUAAAGAAAUAUUUAUCUGCGGAUAUCAUCGGCUUCAAGCAUCCCUAUACGGGGGAUACUGCAGUGCAUGCGGUUUGCGGAUCACUAUACCCGAAGAAAAAACAAGUUUUGGAGUCCCUAAUUCGCAAAGGGGCCCCACUGAACGAGAAAAACAAGGAGUUUCUCACCCCCUUGCACAUAGCCGCUGAUAACUCUCAUUAUGAUCUCAUGGAUGUGUUGUUGAGAAACGGAGCUAAGGUGAAUGCUUUGGAUGGAUUAGGACAAACGGCGCUUCAUAGGUGUGCGCGAGACGACAAUGUUCAAGCCUGCAGAAUUCUAAUUUCCUAUAACGUGGACACUUCCAUUGUUUCCCUGCAAGGCUAUGCGGCCAAUCAAGUGGCUUUAGAGAAUGUACUUAAAAUUUUGCAAGAUCCUCCGGCUGUUCCUGCCGAUGUAGAGAGUCAGUUGCUGGAAGCUGCCAAAGCAGGGGAUCUGGACCAAGUGCAGAGAUAUCUCGGCUCCUACCCCCACAUAGUCAACUGCCGAGACUUGGACGGAAGACAUUCCACUCCCCUACAUUUUGCAUCCGGCUACAACCGCGUACAAGUGGUGGAGUUCCUUUUACAACAAGGCGCUGACGUCCACGCUAAAGAUAAAGGUGGUUUGGUUCCUCUCCACAACGCUUGUUCUUACGGCCACUACGAAGUCACUGAGCUACUGGUGAAACAUGGAGCGAGCGUCAAUGUGGCGGAUUUGUGGAAGUUCACGCCCCUGCAUGAGGCGGCCGCAAAAGGAAAAUACGAAAUCGUUAAACUUCUGCUCAAGCAUGGAGCAGAUUCAAGUAAAAAGAACAGGGAUGGAGCGACAGCUUUGGACUUGGUGCGAGAAGGUGACCAAGACGUUGCGGACUUGUUGCGCGGAAAUGCGGCCCUCUUGGACGCAGCCAAGAAAGGCAACUUGCAGAGAGUUCAAAGACUGGUUUCGCCCGAAAAUAUCAACUGUCGGGACGCCCAGGGGCGCAAUUCCACACCUUUACACUUGGCUGCUGGGUACAAUAAUGUGGAAGUGGCCGAAUAUCUUCUAGAAAACGGCGCCGAUGUUAAUGCUCAAGACAAGGGGGGGCUAAUUCCCUUGCACAACGCCUCUAGCUAUGGGCACUUGGACAUAGCGGCCCUUUUAAUAAAAUUCAACACUGUAGUGAAUGCUACCGACAAAUGGGGCUUCACGCCACUGCAUGAGGCCGCCCAAAAGGGAAGAACACAAUUAUGCGCCCUUUUGUUGGCACAUGGAGCGGAUCCCUUCCUGAAAAACCAAGAAUCUCAAGCGCCAGUCGAUUUGGCUUCGGCUGAUGAUGUUCGCUGCCUCUUGCAAGACGCCAUGGCGUCUCAACAAGCUGUUCCGACGGCUGCACAGUCUACAUCCAGGCCGCCAUCCAUCGCUUUGCCUGGUCACACUCCCAGUCCCUCAAUAUCCGGGUCGAAUAUGAAUUCGACUACCACUGAAACAGUUGUGAUGCCCUCAGGGGCGGCUGUUCAGCUGAUGGUUCCGGUCGCGUCUACCAAUGGAAGUAGAACCAGCGCCGCCAUGGGGGAGGCUGAAGGAGCGGCCAGUGCGGACCACACCCCAGAAGACGCCACUGAUAUCUACUCGGUGAGCAAAUUUUUGGUCUCGUUGAAUCUGGAGCAUUUGCUCGAAAUAUUCGACCGAGAGCAAAUCACUCUCGAUAUCCUAGCCGAGAUGAAUCACGAGGAUUUAAAGCAAAUCGGGAUAUCCGCCUAUGGAUUCAGGCACAAGCUGAUCAAAGGAAUGGAGCGUUUGGUUGCAAACUGUGGGGAUUUAUGGACCACCCCGACUAAUCCAGGCACUCUUCUGGUCGAUCUCGUUCCGGACGACAAGGAGUAUAUCACUGUCGAAGAAGAAAUGCAGAACAGCAUUCGCGAGCACAGAGACAAUGGGCAUGCGGGUGGAGUUUUUACACGAUACAACAUAGUUCGGAUCCAAAAAGUCCAAAAUCGGAAGCUGUGGGAACGAUACACCCAUAGGCGUCACGAAGUAGCAGAAGAGAAUAACCAUCAGUCGAACGAAAGGAUGUUGUUCCAUGGCUCGCCUUUUAUAAAUGCGAUUGUGCAAAAAGGGUUUGAUGAACGCCAUGCCUACAUUGGAGGAAUGUUCGGCGCCGGGAUUUAUUUCGCGGAACAUUCAUCCAAGAGCAACCAGUACGUCUAUGGAAUCGGGGGCGGAACUGGCUGCCCGACCCAUAAGGACCGCAGCUGCUACACAUGCCACAGGCAUCUAGUGCUUUGUCGAGUCACACUAGGCAAAUCGUUCUUGCAAUUCAGUGCAAUGAAAAUGGCACACGCUCCUCCUGGACAUCAUUCAGUGGCCGGCAGACCUUCAACUGGAGGUUUAAUUUUCCCAGAAUACGUCGUCUAUAGAGGCGAACAGGCGUAUCCAGAAUACUUCAUAACAUACCAAAUAGUGAAGCCCGAAGAGAGCUUGAGCGGCACGGAAUCGGAUGUUAGGUGAUUUCAGGAACAAUGGCUGUUGCUUCAACCACCCAAAUCUUUCAAAGAUUUCUUCUGUGGCUUGAUGGGCCACAUGCUGGAAUGCGUGGCACCCAACAGGAAAAAAUGCAACUGUGAACAGCAAAAAAAGUGAGCGAGCCAUAAUUUAUAGACUUCAGUGCCAAAGUAACAUUACCCCCAAAAAAUGCAUUUAUUUUCCCUAUUUUCCUUGCCCAUUCUGUUUUAAAUAUAUCCUAUCAAAAUAGCGGUGGAAACGUGCAAUAUUACUUUGGCCCGUCUUGUAACAUUUUAAAACAAUGUGUUCAUUACGGUGUAGCCAUGUAAUGCCAGCUCAUUGAAAAAUGAAUUUCUAGCAGAGUUUGUAAACGAAACUCUUCUCGUGUAUAUUUACUAAUGAAUUGUCAACGUUUUUAUUGUAGUGAUAUUUAUCUCGUAAUCGUGUUAUUAAUAUCAGUGCAUUGGGUGAUAAAAACCUAUCGACUGACGUUCUAAAUAUGGGGUUCAAUGGCAAAUGGUUUGCAUGAUUUUGUAUUCUAAUUUUGACAAAAUAACAUCCCCAUUAUCAAAUUUGCCAAAAAAAGGUUCAAGCUAUCCAUCCCCAUGUGAUUACUGUCGAUACUUCACGUGUAUUUAUAAAAAAACUGUUUUAACCAUUUGGUUAUAAAAAUGUGAUAUUUUUCAGUUAGUACAUAAGCAUACGUCAACGUAAACGGUGUGGUUUUCCCUAUUGUAAGCUAAUGUUUUUCGAUUUAACUGCAUUUCAAUAAAAACCUAUUUGUGUAA